AUGAGUGUGAAUAAGUCAGCAAAAGUAAAGUCGGCGGUGGGGCCGAAAAAUGGAGAGCUGGAUGUGGAUAUCGCUCCAGCAGUAAAAGGGUCGCAAAAGUUCAGGUUCGUAAUUGAACACAUAGAUUUCUGCCUUUUUUGUAAAAAGAAGAAAGAAGAAAAUGAGGAUGCCAUUGACGGGGGAGGACUUAACCACUGCGGUUCGGAUGGCGGUGCGGAUGACAGCGAAGACGAUGAUGGUGUUUAUACGAAAGAGGGAGACAUUCGAAUCGAUCCCAAGCAGCUAAGCUUUAUAGGCAAAACGUACGACCUUUUGAAGAAGAAAAGCUUCAACCCAAAGCAUUUAAAAAGGUUAGAAAAUGCCCAAUAUUUUGAGAAGGUCCUAUGGGCGCAUUAUAACAUAUAUGACAAGCUAUAUCUUCUAAAAAACAACGAGGUUUUUUUUUGCAUGGAUGGUCCGAAAGUAAGUACGUACAAGUUGUACGUAAAACACAUACUAUCGCUUAUCGUUUUUAUUUGCUAUAAAUAUGAAGAGAAGGGGAAAUACGAAAUUUGGGAUCAGAUAAUUUACAACAGAAUAGACGAAUUUGAAAAGUUGGUGGAAAUGGAGAAGAAGAAUUACACUUUAAAGGAAAACUACAAAAUUGAUGAGCGGUUUAAUAUGUAUAAGGAAUUCCUUGUACAGAAAUUUCACAGCUUAUUUUUUAAUACCCUCAAAUUGAUCAACUAUAACCUUGUUUUUAGUGAGUAUGUGCGAAAUGGGAAGCGAAAAAAGGGAAGCACAGAGACGGAGGAUAUAGUAAGGACAUGCAGGAGGCGUGUAUACAAGUUGAACUUUUUGGAGAAAUCCUUUGUGAUACAGUUUUUUAUAAAUAUUUAUUCCAGUAUAGACAAGAAAUUUCUCUUCAAGUUGUGUCUUGAUCUGUGCAACCCCUUCAUUUGGAGCUGUGUAAAUUACAGUUACUUAAACGCAUUUCUGUUUGAGAAAAGCAAAGAAGCGAAAGUGUUGUAUAAAAAUCUGCUAAAGGUUAUGGAGAAAAAAUACCUAAAUGGGAGGAGUUACAACGUGCUGGGUGUGUAUACGUGCAAUUGUGGUGUAGUCCACCAGGACGAUGUGAAGAAGGAAGAGCAUGACGAUCAUGACGAGGGCAUUAUUCUGUUUGUUAAUAAGAAUGAGUUUUUUUACAAUUUGAUAAAUUACUUUUUAAUCAUUUUGGACACCUUUGAGGGGGAGUCCGAAGAACUGGAUGAAAUAGCCAGUGAUUCUUCCAUCUCCUCGAUGAGCGACACAGACAGUGAAAAUGAAGAGCUAGACAAGUGCGAAAAGUAUUUGGAAAGGUUUACUGAUGAAGAGGAGUUACCGUUAAGUAGUGAGAAGCUUGGGGAUGCGAACGAGAUUGUCCCCCCGAAUGAUGACACGAAGGACGAUAUGGGUACUGACGCAAGCGAUCACGAAGGGAGUCAUACGGACGACUCCUCCGUGGUCGACGAAGAAGAGGGCAUUACUACAAAGGCACAUUCAGCCAAACGCGCAAAGAGGGAGUAUCUCGAGUCGGUCGAAGGGUACGCAAAGUACAUCUCCAGCGAAGACGAAGGGGAUGGAAGUUAUGUCAACCAUAGUGAACAUAAAAAGGAAGAAAUACUACGCAUGUUUUGGAAGUAUGAAGGAAAGCUAAAGGGGAAAAAUAAACACAGGUAUCUACGUAAGGUUAGAAGAAGGGGGCAAAAGCAUACCUGGGAGGACAAGAAAUUUCGCAUUUUGUUUGUUGAGAAAUGCGUGGAAUUUUUUAUCGAUCUUUUAAGUCAGCUAUACUCCAGAAGAAUACUGUACAUUCUUAUAAAACAUUUUAAUGUGUUAAUUUAUUGCAAGAUUUCUAGUCUUAACAAGAGAAGGAAAUUUAAGGAACUGAUAAAGUUGUUAAAAUAUUACGUCGAAAUGUAUAUAAAUAAUUUUUCUGGGAAGCCAUUAACUUACCAAGAAAUAAGCAACGAGCAUUACAAGAAUUUUGAGUUCUUCCAAACCUUUUGCUACAAACAUUUUAAGGAGCACACGGUUUUGAAGAAUUACUACCUGAAGUCCGUUUUUUUGAUGAACAAGAAGAGGGAGCUGUUGGAAAAUUUGUCCAAGCUGGAGGAAGGGGAGUUGCUCUUCCUGUGCGAGAAGUUGAAGUAUUUGGUGCGUGGCAAGCAGGGAGGCGACAAUUGUAAUGACGUAUCUGAAAACGCUAGUGACGUAUCUGAGGCAGAGGGGGACAACCAAUUGGGGGGGAGCAAAUGGAGCAAGGAGAACGGGGGGCUGUUCCAAAAUGUGCCCCUGUUUAGGAAAAAGAAGAAACUGUUCUACAUAACUGUGCUAAUCGAAAAUUUGAGUUUUAAAAGCAACAUCUUUGAGGAGAUAGACAAGCAAUGUGAUUACCCGAACGAGAGGGACCUGUUCGAUAGUGUCCUGAUAGACACAAAGGACGACAUGAAAAGGAAGAGGAAAACCUUUCUCUAUACCAAACCGUUGUUCAAACUGAAUUUGCAGUACCUAUGCAUUAACGACUAUGUGUUUAGGAUUUACAAUUUGUUUAAACUGCAGAGUUAUUACGACAUCAGGAAAAACGUGUUGGAGUACGUCUACGAAACGAAUCCAAAAAAUAGAAAGGUGAAUGAGCAUACCGUGUGUAGAUACGUCUUCGAAAUUGACGAGAGGAGUGAGUCAAACAAGGACGAUAAUGAGAUGAAUGUGGGGGGAGAGAAGAAAGGAAGGAAGAGAAAACAUGAGGAAGAGUUAUUAGGGGAAAACGAAAUAGAUACGCAGGAUGGAUUUUCACCACAUAAGGGGAGCAGCCUGCACACUUACAAUGAGUACCAACUUAACUCCAUAGUGCAGGAUGUUAACAAAAUUGAAAACACCUAUUUUGCAAAUGAGCGAAGAAUGAGCAAUAAAAUCGACUCGUUCAAAAUAGUAAGUGUAGAUAACAACAGUAAGAAAGUAACGGCAGAAAUAGUGAUAGACCUGAAGUACAAAUACUACGAAAGGGUGAAUAACGAGUGGAACAUGAUUAGGCCCUGCGAUAUUUUGUUUCUCGUUUGUGUGAAGAAUUACACAAAUUAUUAUAAGAAUAAAAUAAACGUCAUUAAUGAUGGAGAUUUGAAGAAGCUUCUUGGUAUUAACUACGUGAGAGGGUGCGAAGUGUUCAAGUUUGCUGACUUUGCAGAAAACGGUGAAGAGGGGGGUGCAGAAAACAGCAGCUUGAAGAGGAUCACUGUGUACCUGGAUUAUCACCAAUACCAGAAGGAUAUUCUAAACGAUCCAGAAAUUUACAACUCCUUCAAUUUACUAGUUCGGAGAAAACAGAAGGAGAAUAAUUUCUUCUACAUUUUGAACAACAUCAAAACGCUAAUUAUGAAUCCCGAUGAUGCGGUUAUCCCGUUUUGGGUACACGACAUAUUUUUGGGUUACUGUGACGGUUCGCUCAAGUACUACCAGAAGUCGCUGCGGGGGGGGGUCAGCGAGGACGAAUCGGAAAACCAAUCGGACGAACAAUCAGACGAACAAUCGGAUAACCAAUCGGAUGACCAGUCGGAGGAGGAAUCAGCAGAAGAUGAAUCGGAUGGAUCCGGCGUAUCCGACGCAUCAGAAGAAGACCCAUCGGACGAUGCAAACAGUGAUAGUAAAAACGAAGCGGACAAUCCCAGGUCGAAGAAAUUGUUGAAGAACUCCCUAAUGUGCAAUCGAGAGAAGCUGAAUUUUAUAAAAAAACACAUCGAUGAUAUUAACUACUUGAAUACAUUUAUAAACAUUUUGCAUGUGAUAAAGACGACGAACGUUGCGUAUCUUUGUAUCGAUUCGUCGUACAUGAAUGUGUUAAGCGGUGACGAUAAAGUAGAUGUGAAGAAUCUACUGAAUGAGUAUAUAGAACCCCUCUUUUUGAGUUACGUACCGAUCAAAUAUGGAAACAGGAAGAAGUCACUUGAGAAGGAUGUGCUGCAAAGGAAUAUCCUCGAAAGUUUGUAUUACCACAUUUGUGUGAUUAAUGGGUAUGUCGCAGAUGAGAUGAAAUUUGUUUCCAAUUUUGUCGAGAACAUUAGGGCUGCUCAUCGGUAUGGGGAUUAUUGUAUCUUCCAAUUUGUAUUUAAGGGGAAGGAGUAUUUCUUAAUUUUGAAUAGCUACCUGGGGAGGGGAAAAGGCAAUGACGGACAUGUGGGGUCACCCAUAAAUGGGGAGGGCACAGGAAAUGGCCGCAGUGAAGACGCAAACGAUUUGGACCAUGUGGACGAUGUGAACGAUGAUGUUACCGCUAUUCGUAACCGAAGGCAGGUGAAAACUUUAUUCGACCAAAAUGUGGAACGCUCCAUAGGACAUUUAAGCCUGAAGGGGGACAUUUACAGGAUACCGAAUAGGAUAUACGACGACCAGGAAUAUCCGUUAGAGGGGUUGCUUGUUCACACGAAAAAGAGGAACAGCACCAAUGUGGCGUUAGCGAAGAGGGAAGGCAUCGAAAAUGGGGCUGACGCGACAAACGUGACCAACGUGGUUGAAGCAGCAAGUGUAAGCCAGGCAAAAAGGAUGUACUACACGGAGAGGCAAAUCGAAUGUAUAAAGAGCGGGCUGUAUGAAGGAAUAACCAUCAUCGAGGGAGUUCCAGGAAGUGGGAAAACGAGCAUACUAAACAAGAUCAUUAAUAUAUUGUUUAACAACAAAACGAAGGAAAAAAUUCUCAUAUGUACACACAGUAAUAGUUGCCUCAACUACAUUUUUAACUUGCUGGUUAAGGAAAAUUUGAUUCAUCAGAAAUAUUUGUGCAGAGUAGGUAUGGGGGAACUGGAUAUUGAAAAUUUAAGAGCCGAGUACGAAGAAGUGGAAAGGAACUUAGCGAGAAAUGGUAUUAGUAGGGGAGAUGAAAGCAACAUGGUGAACAAAGCAGGGAAUGAUAUUUUUGAUGAAGAUGAUAAUUUUAAUUUUUCAAAAUAUGGAAGAAUCAAUUAUAUGAUAGACUUGAGGCAAAAACUGUUGAACGAAGUAAAUCUGUUAUCCGAAUCGAGCAGCAGCCAGAAGAUAUAUCACUGCUUGUCGGCUAUGCAGUAUUAUGAGAAUCAUGUGAAGAAGCGUAUUUCCAAAUUUUUUAAGUUUAUUGAAAUUUAUAGGAAGAACGGAAAUGAGGGGGAUUUUUUCGAAUCGUGCAUCGCAGCAGCGGUUGACGAUUACGAUUUGUAUAACAUAUUUUUGUGCCCAAAGGUGUACGUGGAGGGAUGUGAAAAUGUGGAAGAAUUAAUCUGGACAGGGGGGAAGGAAACAAGGCGGUGUACUUCCAAGGAGGUGGAAAAGCUACACUUACUGGAGGAAGAUAAGGAGUGCUUUUAUUUGAUUCAUCCGGAAGAUCAAUUGGUUACUUUGCAGCUGAGCGUGUAUAGUGUUCUCUUCCCUUUUAAGAAGUACCUAAAUUUGAAGCUGCAUAAUGUAGGCAUCGAGGAGUAUUUGGAAUAUAGGGGGGGGUUCCUCGAGAGGGGGAAAAACCCACCGGGGGGGGAAAUGGAACAGGCAGAAGAAACGGUAAGAAUGGAAGAAAAUGCGGACGUAAAAGCGGAACAAGAAGAGGGGACGAACGAUGAAUUGCUAGCCCAAUCGGGGGAUGUCCCCACCCCGCGUAGCAUCUUCAACGGGGAAGUAACCGGCAUGACGUUCAAAAAUGAUGAAGACGAUUUAUAUGUAAGCAAGUACUACUUAGCAAAGUUGAUAACAAAUUUCGAACACCUGAAUGAUUGUAGAGCAUUUGAGGUGCUAAAGAAUCAGCGCGAAAGAGGAGUGUAUAUCAUAGCGAAACUAGCCAGGGUCAUCGCAAUGACGUGUACACAUGCAAGCAUAAACAGAAGCAAAAUAGCGAAACUACAAUUUUACUUUGACAAUAUUAUUAUCGAUGAGUGCACACAAAUUACGGAGAAUGACACCUUUUUACCUCUGCUGUUGCAAGAAAAUAGAUACUAUAAGAGCAAGCUAAAAAGAAUAAUUUUCGUGGGGGAUUCCAACCAGCUACCACCCAUUAUAAAAAAUAAAUAUAUAAAAAAUUUUGCAAACUAUGAACAGUCCUUGUAUAAAAGAUUUUUAAGGUUAGAAUUGCCAUCCAUUUAUUUGAAUGAACAAGGACGUAUGAGAAAUGAGAUUUGUAAUGUAUAUAAAUAUUUUUACAGCAAGUACAAUAUCCAAAUAGCCAAUUUGGAAUGCAUUCAUAGGGACAAAUUUUUGAAAAAAUUCAAUCCAGGAUUUACUUAUACGUAUCAGUUUAUACAUGUGGAGUCGGAGGAGUACACGCCGGUGCCUUAUUUUUACCAAAAUUUGUUAGAAGCAGAAAUGGCUGUUGCUAUUUUUGUGUACAUGAGACUGCUAGGAUAUGCAAAUGAAGCAAUCACCAUUUUAACCACCUACAAUGGGCAGAAGGAAUUGAUACUAGACAUUUUAAAAAAUAAAUGCUUGUAUAAUAAGUUAAUUGGAAUGCCAAAAAAGGUUACGACGGUGGACAAGUACCAGGGAAAACAAAACGAUUAUGUAAUUAUUUCCCUCGUUCGGUCUAGAAGUAUUGGCUAUAUGAAAAAUAUUAAACGACUUAUUGUUGCGUUUUCACGUGCAAGAUUUGGCUUAUACGUAGUUGGAAAUUAUAAUUUGUAUAAGAAAAAUUACGAAUUUAAGAAGCCGCUAUAUUUUUUUAGGAAGAACAGAUUGGAGCUGUCCUUGCAAAUGAAUGAGCAGUUCGAUACAGCCCAACGGGAGGGUAACUCCCCCACGGUUGUCGUAAAGGAUUUGAAUCACUUUUACUCAAUUAUAUAUUCCUUGGCGAAUGCCCACCUGCAGCGCGAUUCUGCGUAG